AUGACCCACAGACACAGCAGGCUUCAUCAGCCAGCUGUUGGAUUACUGCCACAGCACUAUCUCAUCGGGGAAGGCGUGUCAGUCCCCGAAUUACUCAGCGCCCCUUUGUCCUCGAUCGGUGCCCAGCCAGCGACACUCAUGGCGGCUGCACCCGUCAGGCAGCGCUCCGGACCGGGGGGACACCGGGCGCAGCUCCCGCCCUGCUACUACGAAGGAUACCUGGACAAGCGAGGACCGAAAGAGAAGGCAUCCAAGCGGCUGUGGACCUGUCUGUGUGGGAACUCCUUAUAUUUCUUCAAUAAUGCAAAGGACACUCAUUACGUGGAGAAGCUGGACCUCAGCGGGUUUGUGUCCCUUAAGGAUGACUGCAGCCGAGACAGAAACCUGGAGGCGGCCAGACUCAUCCUCCGCAUGAAGGAUGGGGAGACCAAGCUCACAGCACCCAACUUAGAAUCACGGGAGCUGUGGAAAGGAUUCCUCUACUCUGUUGUCGAUCUGAAUGUACCGUCCUGUCUCACGCUGCUGCCGGGGCAGCUACAGAUGCUGAAGGAGGUGGUGGACAAAGAAAGAUCAAGACGGAGAUCCCGCAAUCCUGCUCGAGCUCCUCCUUCCCCCCUCUCUGUUCCUUUAGUAGGAGAGAUCCCACCGUGUUUUCGUCCAGUGUCCCGAACAGAGGCCGAAGUCCUCUUAGAGAGACACCCAGACUGUGGCAACAUGUUGCUCCGUCCGGGCCGAGACGGAUGCUCGCUGGCUGUCACUACUAGACAGGACCUCAACGGGUCAGUGUUCAGACAUUACAGAGUGACUCAGAGGGACCAAGGUGGUUACGUCAUCGAUGUGGAAAAUCCUAUUCCCUGUGCGACGCUGCAUGAGGUCAUUGAUGCUCUGGUAGAGAAGACAGCAGGCACUUUACAGCCUUUCCUACUGGAGGAGCCUUACGAGGAGAAUAUCACAUAUGUGUCUGCCAAUGAUGAAAAUGGAGAGAGGAUCCUCCACACUGCCCCCUCCAGCCCCCUGCCCAGGGCCCCUGCUCUGCCUCCAAAACAAGAUCGUUGGUCCACCAGCCCCCUGUCCAGGUCCCCCGCCCCGGACCGUCGCAUCCUGACCUCGCCAGUGCCGGCGUCGCCCACCAACCCGAUGAGACGACUCAUCCUCUCCCCGUCCCCUCUCGCGCAGACACUCAAUGAGGAACUCAAAAUGAAGCUCGAGAAGAGACGAGCCAGUCAGGAGUGACUCACUCACGAGGAAGGACUUCCUGUCACAGCAUUCUCAAUCUUCAGUGCCAAACCUCUUCUCACUGCAGCUAUGUACUCAUCCUGUGCCUUCUAAGUGGAAGACAAAGGACUGCAAAACCGCCACUUUCUCUUAAGGAACUGCAAAGUGUUUGUUCUUUUUCUCACUAUGUAAUUGUUGGAUAUUACGUGAGCAAACUGACUCUGGUUAGUUCCUUAAGAGUAACACUGGUGGGUUCACACUGGAUUAGAUUCAUGCAAUCUCAUAAAAUGCUGCCUGCCUUGGUUGGGAAAUGACCCACUUGUGCUUUGUCCACUUGCAUAAAGCUGUUUACAAACCGCCUCCAAGCAAAAAACAGACUCAACAAAACACAGUCUACGAAAACUAUGAAUCAAUACGCUGUGACUGCUCAAAACCUACUGACACAUACCGGACCACCAGCUGAGCCUCAUGUUUUUCUGUCUGAGCCCAUGUCUGGGUGCUGAGCUGCUGAUGUUACUGCUACAACACUGGAGAACAAACAAACCACAGACUGCCAGGAUCAACGCCAGAACCACACGCUCCGACCUGAGUCACUUUAUCGGCCCUGAAAGUCAAAUAAUCCAGGCGUGCUCAGGCUUCAGCUCAGAAAUUCGCCUCGUUCACCUCAUUUCAUGUAGCAUGACUGGAAUAAGAAAAAAAAAAAGAAGAAGAAGAAUACAAUCGAGCUGGCCGGAAACCGACAAACUGCACAAUGUCUGCCUGCUGCUCCGAGUGCAAUUUGUGAUUGAAAAGCAAACGUUAUUGUAUUGUUGAUUCAAUGACAUUGUGGCUCUUUUACCCCUCGACUCUGACUGUACUGUUGGUGCAUUUUUUUUUAAGUGUUUCCUGAUUCUAUGCUACUUGAGUGUGUGUGCUAUGGUAAUGGUGCUAUGACUCAUCAGCACUCAGACCUGCCUGGAAACUCCAGGUGAUUUCUGUUCCUCCUCAAGAACAUCAGUCUAUGCGAGGGCGCCCUCUAGUGGAACAGCUAAAGGAGCAGAAACCUCAUCAAGCACAACAUUUGCAUAGAAGGAGCCUUUUGUGUUACAGAGUGAACCUGACUUUUGGCUUUAUUGCAGUCUUACUUUUGCACCCUGUAUUUCUACCUUAAUCAACUGACUACAGAUCUGAAGGUGCUUAAACAAAAAUAAGUAUUUCUACAUGUGAGAUUAAUUUUUAACAUUUCUGUGAAUCGGCCAGUACUUACAGAUUAUUGUCAAACUGUGAUCAACUGACUUUUAAGUGUCUUCUUACAAUGAACAGUUUCUUGUAUGUUUGUACAUGAUGUGUUGUGUCUACUGGAUCACUAUCGAAGGACGGUGUUUGUUUGUUAGAUAUUAAGGGCAUUAAAUUGUUUUUGCAUGGA